AGUGACAAUCGGCGGCAGCGGCGGCGGGGAUCUGUCUCUUCGUUGUGUGGGGGGGUGGAUUUGUUUGUGAUGCCACGCUCGGAACGGACACCGACGGCUCUCUCCGGAGGCUGCGGGAGCACGCUCUGAGCACCCGAAGGACGCGGACGCUCCCUGUGAAAUGCUUGCCGCUGUCCGGCUUGCGGAUCCACAGCCUGCAGCCCGCCGGACACCUCGGCAGUGAGCGAUCUGAGCGGCGAUGAUGGACAGCUGUUGGUCAUUGACUGUGCGGCGUUAGCGGGCUGACGAUGAGCUGCUGGCGCGGCGACACACGCUGUGCCGUUGACCACGACUGCCAGAGGAGGACGAGGAGGAGCGGCUGAGCUCUCUCCUCUUUGCUCCCCGUGUUGUGAGAUGAUCGUGAUGUUGUUGWUGAUGAUGAUGAUGAUGAUGACGAUGAUGAUGCCUCAUUUUGGCCAAACGUAUGGCUACCGUCAAGGCUAAAACGUUUUUUUUUUUGCAAAGCACAGGUGCAUGGAGAUCGUAGGUGCCAACAUGGGACCUCGCUUUCUUUCUUUCUUUCUUUCUUUUUUUGGUUUUGUUUCGAUGCUCAUCGCAGGAGGCGACCACAGGAGUACAGGAAGCAGAUCGGCCGUAAUGGAUUCACGGUGUAACUGAUGGCGCUGCGCUAUGAUCUCCGGGGAUCUUCCGAGUUGCGUAAUGCAUUUAUUCCAUCUACAAGGCGCGCUGCCGCGCAACCUCUCCACGGAUGAGCGCUAAUUGGGGCCCCGAUGAUGUAGAGCCAAAUCCACCUGGAUCAAGCGCUGCUUCCCCCCUGUGACUUGUCAUGUUCAAUUGAUUUCCCUUUUUUUUCCCCYUUUUUUUUUUUUACCCCAAAGGAUUUUUUUGGGCCACUUUUUUCAAAAUUAAUGUUUUUUUUUUCAGCAUUAAAUAUAUUUAGAUCGUUCUCAAAGAUGAACAGCUCACUUUGUAUGAGACAUUUAAACCGAGUCAACCUUGUGACUGAAUAGUCCCCUGACUUUGUUUUUUUUUUUUUUUUCUUAUCCCCCCUCCUCCUCACGCGGUCAGUGGAGCGAAACUUUUCCUGUGUGACUGUUUAUCCGUUGCGUCCUGCACAAUGUCCAGAUCAAACAGCGUCAGCCCGCCCGGACUCGGUGCGCCCGGGCUGAGGGGAGGGACCGAGCACAGGUCAGCCUGGGGAGAGGCUGACUCAGUGGCCAACGGGUGCCCAUACUCAGCCAGAUCUCCGCGCAAGAAGCUCACCCGCACCAACAGCCGCUGGAGGCAGCAGCAGCAGCAGCAGGGGGAGGAGGAGGCGGAGGAUGUCGAUCCGGAGCGCCGGCCUCCUCCAGGGCGAGCCUCCACGACCGUCAGCAGCAGGGUCAGCUUCAGGUCCCGCUCGGCUUGGCAGGACCAUGGCGAGGAGCCGGAGAGCCGCGGCMACAGUAACCCCGCGUCCGCGAAGCGCGCCGACCUAGCCGAGGUGAGACCCAAGUCCGUGGAGCUGGGUCUGGAGGAGCGMCGAGCCAAAUCGCGGAGCGACAACAACAAGGGGGAGCGGGAGGAAGACGGGGUCAUGCCGGAGGUGAACGUCUCCCUGGUGGCGUGCUGCGUCAGCGUCAUGCACGUCUUCAAGUCCAAGAAGUUCCAGUCGGAGAAGCUGGAGCGGCUCUACCAGCGCUACUUCUUCCGCCUCAACCAGAGCAGCCUGACCAUGCUGAUGGGGGUGCUGGUGCUGGUCUUCACCGUCAUGCUGGCCUUCCACUGCUCCGGAGCUCCGACGGUCACCUACGCGGUGGUGUUCUCCCUGGCCAUCUUCCUCACGCUGGUGCUCAUGGUGGUGUGCAACCGGAACGCGUUCCACCAGGACCACAUGUGGAUGGUGUGCUACGCCGUGAUCCUGCUGGUGAUUGUGAUCCAGGUGAUCGGCGUGCUGCUGGUGCGGCCCCGCAGCGCCUCGGAGGGCAUUUGGUGGACCGUGUUCUUCAUCCAUGUCAUCUACACGCUGCUGCCCGUCAGGAUGCGCGCCGCGGUCAUCACUGGAGUUAUUCUCUCCGCCAUCCACGUGGCCCUUUCUUGGGUGUUAAACGGAGUGGACAGCUUUCUGUGGAAGCAGAUAGUCUCCAACAUCCUGGUCUUCUCCUGCUCCAACAUUGUAGGAGUGUGUACGCACUACCCGGCCGAGGGCUCCCAGAGGCAGGCCUUCCAGGAGACCAGGGAGUGCAUCCAGGCUCGCCUCCACUCCCAGAGGGAAAACCAGCAGCAGGAGCGUCUCUUACUCUCAGUACUUCCUCGUCAUGUUGCCAUGGAGAUGAAAGCUGACAUAAAUGCCAAGCAGGAGGACAUGAUGUUUCACAAGAUCUACAUCCAAAAGCACGACAACGUCAGCAUCCUGUUUGCUGACAUCGAGGGCUUCACCAGUCUGGCGUCGCAGUGCACGGCACAGGAGCUGGUGAUGACGCUCAAUGAGCUUUUCGCCCGCUUUGACAAGUUGGCAGCCGAGAACCACUGUCUGCGGAUCAAGAUCCUGGGCGACUGCUACUACUGCGUGUCCGGGCUGCCGGAGGCCAGAGCCGACCACGCCCACUGCUGUGUGGAGAUGGGGCUGGACAUGAUCGAGGCCAUCUCGCUGGUGCGGGAGGUGACUGGGGUGAACGUGAACAUGCGAGUCGGCAUCCACAGCGGCAGGGUGCACUGCGGGGUGCUGGGGCUCAGGAAGUGGCAGUUUGACGUCUGGUCCAACGACGUCACGCUGGCAAAUCAGAUGGAGGCGGGAGGCAAGGCCGGGCGCAUCCACAUCACAAAGGCCACCCUGAACUACCUGAACGGGGACUACGACGUGGAGCCGGGAGCCGGAGGAGAGAGAAACGCCUACUUGAAGAGGAGCAACAUAGAAACCUACCUCAUUGUGGGCUGCAGUCAGAAAAGGAAAGAAGAAAAGGCGAUGAUUGCCAAAAUGAGUCGACAGAGGACCAACUCCGUCACCCACAACAGCGGCCACUGGGCUGACCGUGCCUUCCACAACCACAUCUCCAAGGAGAUGAAGAGGAUGGGCUUUGAGGAUCCCAAAGACAAGCAUUUUAUUUUCAGGAACACGCAGGAAAACCUGAACCCGGAGGACGAGGUGGACGAGUUCCUGGGCAGGGCCAUCGACGCGCGCAGCAUCGACCGCCUGCGCUCCGAACACGUCAAAAAGUUCCUGCUCACCUUCAGAGAACCUGACCUGGAAAAAAAGUACUCCAGGCAGGUGGACACCAGGUUCGGUGCGUACGUGGCCUGCGCCACCCUCGUCUUUUUCUUCAUCUGCUUCAUCCAGAUCGUCAUUGUGCCGAUCUCCAAUCUGAUGAUUGGCUUCUUCAUCACGUGCUUCAUCAUCCUGGCGGGCGUCAUGUUCAUCUCAGCUGUGUACUGCUGCUUUGGAAUCUUCCCCGCUCCUCUGCAGACUCUUUCCAAAAGCAUCGUCCAGUCCCGACUCAACAGCACCUUAGUGGGCGUCUUCACCAUCAUCAUCGUCUUCCUGUCUGCUUUCAUCAACAUUUUCACCUGCAGCAGUCACGACCUGCGGAGCUGCAUCAAGUCGGAGCUCAACAUCAGCCGGAACCUGGUGGACGCCUGCCACGCUGUCCUCCUCAACUACAACCUGGACGCACAGCACGGCGCCUGCGGAGGCGACGCCCUCAUCUGCAGCUUCCCUGAGUACUUCACCUGCUGUGUGCUGCUCAGCCUGCUGGCCUGCUCCGUCUUCCUGCAGGUCAGCAGCAUCGGGAAACUCUUCCUCAUGCUCUUCAUCGAGCUGCUCUACCUGCUCAUCAUGGAGGUGCCUAAAGUGAGCCUCUUUGACAACCAGGACCUGCUGGUUAUGGCAAACGCCCUGAAUUACACCAAACCAGAUAAUGGCACAAGGUGUUUGGUGGACAACAAGGUUCCUCUGAAGAUCAUGACCCCCGUGGUGAUCACCGUCUUCGUCCUCGCCCUUUACCUUCACGCCCAGCAGGUGGAGUCGACGGCCAGGCUGGACUUCCUCUGGAAGCUGCAGGCCACAGAGGAGAAGGAGGAGAUGGAGGAGCUGCAGGCCUACAACCGCCGCCUGCUCCACAACAUCCUGCCCAAAGACGUGGCCGCUCACUUCCUGCAGCGCGAGCGGCGCAACGACGAGCUCUACUACCAGUCCUGCGAGUGCGUUGCCGUCAUGUUCGCCUCCAUCAGCAACUUCUCCGAGUUCUACGUGGAGCUGGAGGCCAACAACGAAGGGGUGGAGUGUCUGCGGCUGCUCAAUGAGAUCAUCGCCGACUUUGAUGAGAUCAUCAGCGAGGAUCAGUUCCGUCAGCUGGAGAAGAUCAAGACCAUCGGCUCCACAUACAUGGCGGCUUCCGGCCUCAACGACUCCACGUACGACAAGGCCGGACGCUCGCACAUCCGCGCCAUGGCCGACUACGCCAUGCGGAUGAUGGACCAGAUGAAAUACAUCAACGAACACUCCUUCAACAACUUCAAAAUGAAAAUAGGUCUAAACAUUGGCCCGGUGGUUGCUGGGGUGAUAGGGGCCAGGAAGCCCCAGUACGACAUUUGGGGGAACACGGUAAACGUAGCGAGCCGCAUGGACAGCACAGGGGUCCCGGAGAGGAUCCAGGUGACGGCUGAUCUGUACCAGCUGCUGAACUCCUACAGCUACACACUGGAAUACCGAGGCGUCGUCACCGUCAAAGGCAAAGGAGAGAUGAUGACCUACUUUCUCACUGCCGGACCCCCUGGCAGUUAACCUUUACUGAGUGACAAUCAGACUCAUGGGAGGUUGAGCACCUUCUCUCGUAACGAGACGGCUUACAGACCUCUGAUAGCUUAGGGCAGAUUGAGGGUUCUCCCCUCACAGCAGUGGACGCUCCUUGAACCGGUCGGCACAUCGAACGGAAGGGAGGACUCGUCCUUUUUUUUUUUUUUCCCCACGAGGAGCUCACGGACGGCCAAGGGCACGUCUGCUUUUUGACCAAAGAAGUCCAAUCGGAGUGCAAAGACAGAUUCGUCCAGCUUGGCCUUGACAGACAACGAAAAGACAAAGAUCCUGGAGGAAACUUGGCCGGUCGAGUUCUCCAAGGGGGUUCUUGGACAAAACCUGCAGGGCGACCCGAGCUACGUCGCCUCCUCUCCUGCUCUCUGCCUUUUUUUUUUUUCUUGCUGAUUCUGAACACUUUGUACAUGUAAAACCCAGGAAGUUUUAUGUGUAUGUGGGUGACUUUAUGUACUGUUUGUAUGAUAUCUUGUUCCUGUUGCUGUGGUACAGAUGCAGAUCUGUCAAGUGCGGACACAAAGCCAGCAGCACUGCAGUCCUCGCUUGUUAGUGCGUCCAUCUCCCCGUCGAUCAGCACCGGACGACCUGCGCGCUACACAUAAGUAUUCACACCCCUUGCACCUCCUCACGUUUUGUCACUUUGGAAAAGACGAAAGUUUUUUUCUAAAUGGAUUUAUGUAAUAAACCAAUACAGAGAUGGGGAUGUAUGUGAAAUUGAACUAAAAGGAUAGAUUUAAGGAAAACGUUUUUGCAAAUAUCUGAAGAGUGUGGAGUGCCCACGUCAAUAUUUUGUACAACCGCCAGCUGCAAAGACUUGAUGAAUUUCUUGACCAGCUUUGCACAUAUAAACUCUAAAAUGUUUUGCCUCUUCCUUUUUCCAAAAUGACCCAAGCUCAUUUAGAUUUGAAUUAAGUUUUUCUGUAAUUAUUUCUAUCAUCAUAGAUUCUUUAUCAGUUUUAGCAUUAGCUUUGGGAUGCUACAUUUGUUGGAAGGAAACUUCAAGUCUUUUGAUGCUUCUAAAAGGCUUACCUUCUUCCAACCCCAUUUCUGCUGGAGAUGAACGUCCCCACAGUAUGAUGCUGCCACCGCCAUGUUUCUUGAUAGGGUGAGUGUUACACUAGAUAGCUUAACCGCCAAACAUUGCGUUUUACAUGUAGUUUAAAAUGUAACAGCAUCUUCAUCCACAUGUAUGUCCCUCAUGGGCCUCUGUACGGCUUGUUCUCUUGCCACUCUUUAUUUACAAGCAAGGGAACCAUUUUUCUUUUAGAAUAGAAACAAUUUAGCAAUUUCUAUUUGCGCUCCCAGUAAAAUCCCACCGACGUCUGAUGUUGUAAAGUGACAAAACGUGAAAAGCCAUACGGGUAUGAAUACUUUUUGUUUGGUACUGUAUGAGUUACUGCACACUGUUUGUCUUAUAGGCGAGGGGAUAUCACUCCUAUAGCAUAUGGAUUAUGUUUAAUAGAAAAGUCCAACACAGUGUUUAUAUGAAGCUUCCCGUUAGCCUCUCACAAAGCAUACGUAGGCACGCCUGCAACACGAGGAUGUCAGUAAAAAAAAAAAAAGAAAAAGCUUUUCUACUCCUAAAGAGGUUUUGUAUUUUGACGUCAAAACACCGACCCUACGAGAUAUUUUAAGAUUAUAUAUUUUCUACAUUCAUAUAAUAGAGCUAUGUAUAAACUACAGUGUGUCUCCACAUGUGCAUACUGCAGAAACCCUCACUGGUGUUGCCUGAUUCCCUCUGCCCUCCAGCUCUUUUCAACAAAUCGAGCAUACUUUAUGUAUUUUUUUAAUUUGCAGGAAGUCGACUGCUGGUUGAUUAGAAGUGGGCGAUGAUCUCCCCUUUAAUGUGUCUCAAUGUCACAGCAGAGAGAAAAACGCGGUCGGAACGACUCACUAGAUGGACCGAAAGGCGUCGACUGCGGUGCUCAGACGCCAUUUUGCACUCCGGUGCUUUCAGCUGUCCGCCCCUCCGCCUCGCGCAGCGCUCCACCUGCAGGCCCUGAUUGUUUGCUCGGUUAGGUGGUACGACACAAUGAAUGUCCAAUGUUCUCCAAUGAGGCCUUUCAUGCAGACUAGAGCAACUACCAGGAUGAUGCUCAGCCUGUUGACAGAGACAGAUUGAGCAUGUGGRAAAAUGUGCACUUUUUAAAAUCUGCUGUUUAUGUUUUUUGUUUGUUUUUCUCUCAUCAAAGCAGUUUUUCUUUCAGUAUUGCAUCAUUGCUCUGCAUUGCUUUCUCUCACAUACAUAACUUUCACCCAUCGCUUGGAUGAGUCGGACUAUAGUCAUGUAAAAUUCUUCAAACUUUCACCUGAAAAUAUGAAAAUGGCACUUAGAUGUGAAAAUCUUCAUCCUUUGAUGUUUUUAUUGCCGGUAAAGAUUAUGAAUGUCCAAAACUGGCUAAUAUUUGUCAAUAAAUACAAUGUAAGGGGGGAAAUUGAAUAAAAAGGAAAAAAAUCUGUAAUUUGUUAGCCGUAAUCUAUUGUCAACAAACCGACCCGGAGCUGAAGCUUCGGUCAGACUAGAUCUUUUCCCACACAAAAGCUGCAAUACCAAACUUUUAUUACUAUGUUCUGUUGUCAAUGCAUGUAAACUAAUGGUGAGAACUACACAUUUAAUUUAAUCAUGCAAAUAAUGAUCAGCUUCUGAAUUCUCCCUAAUGGAUUCAUAGUAAACAAAGACAUCAUGACAGUAAAAUAUUGGCUGCUUAUGGCCUUUUUACAGAACCUAAUUUUAACAAAUGUGCUACAUUUCGUUCCCAUUUUAAAAUUAAACAGGCUUGACAGUUUUUCCACUUUAAACAUUAACACUUUGUACAAACAUCCAUGAACUGUACCCUGGUAAUGUUUGAAAAAUAAUUACAUUUUAUCUCUUUAAGAGCCCUUCAGGAAGUUKUCAGUGUUUGUCAUGAGCAAUGCCAAAAGAAAAGGCAGUAACUAAUAAUAAUGCAGAGUUGAAUCCAGAGUGAACAUUUCAGAUUCCUCAUGUUUUACAUUUGGAAUAUAUAUAUAUAUAUAUUCACACAUAGGAAAUAUGAACAUACCAAGGCUUUUAAGAGUUAAAAAUUGCAAAACAUUUUCCGUCAUAACCUUUAGUUGAAUAUUCCUAGAACAUUCAACAGAAACUUAGUGGAAAUUAAAGAAGCAACACCCUUUAUACUGUCGAGGUAAAACAAACUGAACCAGCUAAAAUAAGUUUAUUACGGUCAAUUUUCUGUACAAUAAAAACUUAAAACUACUAAAAAAUUCAGAAGUAACCAUAUCAGGGUUUUUUUUKUGUGAAUGUAUCAAAUUCUAGACAUUAAGUGUAAUUACAUGUUAAAUCAUUUUUGCUUUACCAGGGACAAGUCAAUUUUAUAUUACGUAGUUAUAAUUUUUUUCAAUUAAAAUGUGUUUUGAAAAAAAGAGGAAAAUUGGAAACGUUUUUAACUUUAUUGGAGGUCAUCAUAGAUCCUAAGAGUCUCAUCCCAGCUAUUGCGUAAAUGUAUGCAACUGAUUUGGUUACUGGCAAUAAGAAAAAAAGUUUACUUUAUUCUACUUUACUGGUGGGAUAAAACAAGUAAAUCAAUAUUUUAAGCCUCUGGAAAAUUAAACUGCAAUAUCCUACCCAGGUGGUUAUUGUCUCUGUAACCUGUUGUACUGCUGCUGCAACACCUCUACACUGUUAAAUGCCGUUUUAUUUGACUUGCUGAAUGUUGUGCCAAUUUAAGCCCAUGUUUUUGUUUUUUUCAAUUUGUUUGAGCUUAAAUGCUUUACAGCUACUGAUUUCUCACAAUGACCUUGACAUGAAGCAUCUGUGACAAAAGUGGCUCCAGAGAGAAAACGAUGGGUUGUUUUGUUGUCUUGUUCCGACACCAUUUAUUUUAUUUUUUUUUACAGUAAAAUAAACUGCUGAGAUGUUUCACAGGUACAUAUCGGUCUUUUUCUUCCAUAUAUUUUGCUUGUUACUGAUAAACUCAGUCUUGUGUGUAAAAACUGGUGUGUUGGUAUACCAAAGUUUGAGAGAUGUACGUUUUCUUUGAAAAGUCUGUUAUGCAAAGUACCUAACUUCUACCACCAGAUGGCAGCAGAGCUCCAUCAUUUUGUUCAUGAUUAACGGCUGGAAAACAAGACAGACGAGCUGAUUAGCACUGUUGGUUCAUCCRUAACUGGAUUAAUAUCUAUAUUUACAUUAUAGUCAAAUCACUAAUUGCUUAAUUGAGUUUGGUACUUGGUCAACAUUAUUAAGCUGAUCAUGAAAUCCUCUUGUGUUGAGUAGAAAAUAGGUUUUGUAUUUUUAUCAGGAAGCACGGCAGUGUUUAUUUGGUGUUGAAUGAAGCGGAACAAAAUCCUCAGACAUAAUGACGUUGACCUUUUUUGGACAGGAAAUGUGCCCUAAUUUGGUGAAAUUUGCCACAAAAUGAUCACUCAUCACAUGAGGAAACAAUUCAUCUUAUUCAAGUUAGCAGCACAUCUAAAAAUCAAGAAAAAGCACGCGUUUUUCAAAAAAACUCAUAUGUAAUCUUACAUACGAGUCUGCUGGAGAAAAACAAACAGCAAUUACAACAAUUUCUUAUGUGUCAUGUKGAGUCUCUAAAUCUUGUAAGAUUACUACAAGAUUUUAGCAACAGGGAGCAACAAGCUAUAGAUKUAGCUUGUUGUUGCCCGUUAGGAAAUGUAAUUUGAAAGCAGCYAAUUAGCCACAAAACAACUAUAAGUACUGGCAGAGCAGAAACUUAAGAUAUGAACUCAGUCUUGAUGUCGACUCUAAAGUAAGAUACUCAAAAAGCUUYGAGAAAAAWAAACGCACCUUUUCCAGUUUCUCUAUAGCCUUGUUAAUUCUCAGGUAAAAAAUUAUCUGCAUCCAUCACUCCUAGCAUCCAUCACUGUAAUUAGUUAAGCUGAAGUAAGUCCUUGUAUGCGYUUUCCAUCAUAGCAAAUCGAUCUCUAUGAACAAUUACAUAAAAGGCAUUGAUAUUUACUUUCAGGUCUARAAUAAUUUUCCCAGCUUGUUUGGUGCAAGAGUGCAUUUCAUUUAUACAGCGCAGAUUCAUAACAUGUCCAGACAACAUGUGUUGAAAUCAAUCCAGUGGAAGACACUCAUACAGACAAGACUGAAAUUCAACAUACAUUUCAAACCAAUACCAGCUUUAACAGUGAYGUUAAUAAUGCCAACUGGUAACACGUUCAGCUGUCAGCAGCUUGUCAUGUACAUGGCGACAGUAGAAAGCACCAACUCCCUUUUAACAAGAAAAAGAAAAUCAGGAUCUGCUUGGGAAUCGCUGAGUGGACGACCCCAGCAGCCUCUUACACCAGAAAAUGUGUGUUUAUUUUUGGUUCCAUCGUUCAGUUUGAAAUACGAGCUCUGCCUGUGUUGAUGCGAAACACGGCUUGCACAAAGAAUAGGUUGUCAUGGAGACCAUGCCCAGGCUGGUGGACAGACAUUAAUUACUGCUGCCCAAAAUGUUGCACCGAUUUCUUAGAUUUGUGGUUUCCAAAUUUGUCGAUCAAUUAUGCAGCAGUAUGAGGGCAGCACAAACAGAAUCGAUAAUUGUUAUAACCCAUGAGUAAUUUAACCUUGAUUAGCAUAUAUAUAUAUAUAUAUUUUUAGCAUUACCACUGUCUUUUGUUUAGUUUGAUUUCUGAAACGCGACUCGUUAAUUUUCAGGUUUGCUCUUUGGGAACAACAGGUGUAAAAGGUGCUGCUGCCUCUUUCCAAAGCCGCUUGCUCUCUCAACAUAUGAAGGUAGACAGUCCAAUAUCGCUCCUAAAGCAGACAAGUGUAAUUUUUUUUCACGUUUACAUUUAUUAAUUAAAACGACAAAUUUAUUGUACAAGUUGCAUUCAAUGGUUUAUUUUGAAUUUUUUUUUCGCCCCUCCUUYCCUGGUGACGACAUCUUCAAACGCUCUUUCAUUUUCCAUCCACAAACAAAUCUGSUCGAUAAUUCCCCGAAUCUCAAUUCCCUGACAAAACCGCCCACGCAACAUGUUUACUGUAACUGCAAAGAUACAGGAUGUCGAGUCGGUGGCGCAAGACUCCGCUCUGCUCCCAGAACRCCCGAGCCGUGAAGUGCGAGAGCCGGCAUGAGGUCAUGUAGGUGUGGUCGCUGCUGGAAAAGCGGAGUAAAAGUCAGACUGCAGUAAUGGGUCGCAUGAGAACGACUCGUUAACUUCUGACGCCAGAUGUGCGUGGACUUAAAGCUGUUUGCUUUCCUUUCCAGCUUCCUCUGCACACAUCUUUGGUCACAAGAAGAAUGUAAAAGUUCAGAGAGCAAAGAAACCAACGCUGCCCAAAUAAAUGUUAAACGGUACAUAUAAGCUGCGUGAAAGCAGCGCAAAAGUCCAAGUAGCAGAAAAAAGAUGGCUGAACUAAAGAACUCAGUAGGAGGUAAAGAAAACAGUGAUGCAUCUUUGCUGUUGGCAACACGGAUGUGUUUAUUCACACAGUCAUUGUGACACUGGCAUACGCUCGAGGCGGUGUAGGCGAGGAAGGAUGCGACUGCUAACCGUCUGAGCCGACAGGAGCUUUAUGUUGUCACAAGAAGACAUUUACACACGUCUGAAUGAAAAAACAUGAACUUCAUAAAUGAUUACAUCUUGCACCAAAAGCAGUCAUUGAAUAAAUAAUGAGCUCUUGCAAAHGACAAUAACCACAAAAAAAGAAAUGACUGUUUUACCCCUGAUUAGUGAAUAAAUUAAAGUCUGAGUGACUCAAACAGAAAGGYAGCGUUGCAUAGUUUCACCUCAAGACCAGAAAUGGACAUUUCUACAGCUGAAAAAAAACCAGCACUGGGUUUAAAAGAAAGCAUAGAUGUGAGYAGGCAGAACAUGAACGAAAGGUUAAAAAAAAGAAAAAGAAA